GUUUUCGUUUUUCCUGGUACUUCUUUACCUUGUUCCGGAGUUUAUUGGAGUGUGGAGCGUUUCAACAUGACGGUCACCAUUGGCACUGAAAAGGUUACGGUUGGUGUUCUUGCCCUGCAGGGCGCUUUCAGCGAACACAUCCAACUCUUGCGCGCCGCCGCCUCCAACAUCGCCGCUUCGCCACUCUUCCAAUUCAUCCAAGUCCGCACCCCGGCCCAACUCGAGCAAUGCGACGGCCUUAUCAUACCUGGCGGCGAGAGCACGACCAUGUCGCUCGUAGCUGCGCGAAGCAACCUCCUUGAGCCCUUGCGCGACUUUGUCAAAGUCCAGCGCAAACCUACGUGGGGGACAUGCGCCGGCCUGAUCUUACUCGCAGAGAGCGCAAACCGGACAAAGAAGGGUGGGCAGGAACUGAUCGGCGGAUUGGAUGUGAGAGUGAACAGAAAUCAUUUCGGAAGACAGCAAGAGAGUUUCCAAGCCCAUCUCAAUCUGCCGUUCCUCGGAGCAUCAAAGGAAGCCAGCAAGAGCGAUCCGUACCGCUGCGUUUUUAUCCGCGCGCCGGUAGUCGAGAAGAUACUACCGAGCAAGAAGGCGGUGGGCAUACAGGAGGGCGAGAGCCAGAGGGAGGACACCGUCAUUGCGCCUAGCAAGACACCAGCCGACGAUCUGGCGAGGAAGGAGUUGGACUGCCAGGUUGAGAUCAUGGCUACCUUGUCCACGGAUGCGGCGCCAUUGCAAGAGAACCAGGAACACAAGCACGCAGGUGCAGAGGAUAUAAUAGCGGUCCGACAAGGCAAUGUGUUUGGGUGCAGCUUUCACCCAGAGCUGACGGACGACCCGCGCAUACAUGUCUGGUGGCUGGGUGAGGUCUUGAAAGCGGUAGAAAGACGACACGAGUUUGAGCUGGCGCAUCGGACCAAGUGAGGCGUGGAUAACAUUAGACCGCACUCAAGACUUGUGUUUGUAGACUACAUCAUUUGGACAAUACUCAG